AUGUACAGCUGCCAUGAAGAUUUAACACAACCGGCCGACAAGAAAGGGAAGAAGCAUGCGGCUGUCGCCGCUGCUUCCGGCUCGGGUGAGAAGAAGCCAGCUGAGAAGCGUCCGGCUGCUACUGAUUCGAAGGCCGCUAAGGGAGGCAAGAAGUUUCCGGUCUCAAAACCGAACUGGCCAAAAAGGGUGCUGCGUGAGGUGCUACCGCCAAAAUGGAAGAAGUGCGUUAUUGCCGCCGGACCGUUUGAAACUGCGCUGAGCAAAAUCCGCACCGCGGUCAAGUUCGUUGGCCGCGUACUAUGCGUCUGUACCGCAACCGCAUACGACAUCAUCAACUGUCCGCUGACGACGGAAGCCGUGAUGGAGAAGAUCGAGGACAACAACACGCUGGUGUUCCUGACCCAUCUGCGCGCCAACAAGAACCACGGCAAGAAGCUGUACUCAGUCAAAUUGUCACUAGGGUUGUGACCGGAUUUCGUACGUGCGGCUGGCGCGUGGCUGCGACGCCCUGGACAAAGAAAACUAGAUCGGAAUCAUCUAGGCAGUGCGCCGCGUCUUUAGUUCUACUACCCGAGCAGGGGUAAAUAACACGGGAAUACCAAAUUUUGGUAUUACUUGGGCAAAUAACAGCGACCAAAAUGUGUCCUUGGUUGCCCAGUAAUAGAUGGUAAAAUACCAUGAAAUCAUACCAAAAUCUUGUAUGUGUAAGGGCACAACAAUACCAAACCAUGUUAUUCCAAGGGUAAAAUAAUACCUCAAAAUAGAACCAUUUCAAUACCAAGUUGAGGUCUUCUGGAUUUUUGAACAUUGCUUGAAUACCAAAACUUGGUAUUACCAUGGUUUUAUUUUUAUGUAUUCCCGCGCUCUUGGAAAAUCAUAUUUUGGCAUUUCUGUGGUCUUUCACAUACAUGAUUUUGGUAUGAUUUCAUGAUAUUUUACCAUCUAUUACUGGGCAACCAAGAGCACAUUAUGGUCGCUGGUAUUUGAACAAGUAAUACCAAAAUUUGGUAUUUUCAUACCAUUUUUAGUGCAGCAGUUGCAGUUAGUGAAAAAACGGAAAUUAUUCAUAUGCAACAGCCAAAUCUACUCACCUGAUGAUUCCAUGUUGUUAUUAGUGAUAAUCUUCACCACACCGAAUGCAUUUGUCAUUGAUGAACGGUGCUUGAAGUUCUUGAAGCUUCUGAAAAAUAACAAGAUUGAAAAAUAAGUAUUAUUAAAAUGAAACUGAAUUGAAAUUCACCAAAAUGCAUUAAUCUGUCGAUUGACUCGUUUUUCAAAGUAUUUGGUUAUCCCGACUUAGAGAUGUUUCAACGUUUUUGAAAAAAAUAUUAGUGGGUAUAUCACACUAAUUUUUAAAAUCAUCUUUAACAUUUUUGGGUUUCAAGUCGUUUUAGCGCAAAAUUAAUUAACUCGUAAUUUUUUUUAACAAAUUUCCCAUAGUUUCAGAGAAAAUUGAUGAAACCUUUCAAUAUUCAAAUAAUACCAAAAUGUGCCAUCCUGACUUAGAAUAUUUUCCACAAUUUCAAGUCAUUUCUAUAGGGGGUAUAUCAAAAAUGUUUAAAAUAAAGUUUGAAAUUUCCGGUUUUCAAUGAAAGCAUUCGCUUUGAGACAUCAUUUUAGCGCAAAAUUAAUUAUUAUGUCAAAAUUGGUCAAAAUUUUCCCAUAGUUGCAGAGGAUUUUGAUAAAACACUUAAAUACCAAAAUAAUACCAAAAUGUGCCAUCCUGACUUAGAAAAUUUUCCACAAUUUCAAGUCAUUUCUCUAGGGGGUAUAUCAAAAAUGUUUAAAAUCAAGUUUGAAAUUUCCGGUUUUCAAUGAAAGCAUUCGCUUUGAGACAUCAUUUUAGCGCAAAAUUAAUUAUUUUGUCAAAAUUGGUCAAAAUUUUCCCAUAGUUGCAGAGGAAUUUGAUAAAAUACUGUAAUACCAAAAGAAUACCAAAAUGUGGUGUUCGAUCAUUGACAAAUUCUGCAAUUUUGCAAAAUCAAAACAAUACCUUAAAUUGGUAUGAUACCACAUUUUGCUCUUGCAUA